UUGUCUUCAGGCAUUUUCUGGGAAGCCUACUCGGUUUUCGUUACGCUGUUCAAGGACCCCGGGAUGUCCAUGCUUGCUGAACCCCGCAGGAAGCAGAAGUGGUCCGUUGACCCCAGGAACAGUGCCUGGAGUAACGAUGACUCCAAAUUUGGCCAGAAGAUGCUGGAGCGAAUGGGCUGGUCCAAGGGGAAGGGCCUUGGGAGGAGUGAGCAAGGCGCCACCGACCACAUCAAAGUAAAAGUUAAAAGCAAUAGCCUUGGUCUUGGAGCCAAUACCAGCUAUGAGGAUAAUUGGAUUGCACAUCAAGACGAUUUCAACGAGCUUCUCGCUCAACUAAAUAGCUGCCAUGGUCAAAACGAGAGCAAUGAACCUGCAGAAGAUGAGCAAAAAGGCUUCAGCUUGGAAGAGAAGUCCAAGACCUCCAAAAAGAGGGUCCAUUACAUGAAGUUUACUAAAGGGAAGGACCUGUCCUCUCGCAGUGAAACGGAUCUUAACUGUAUCUUUGGGAAGAGAGCAAGAUCUGCCAAAGACCACAAGCAGGAGAGCAACAGCAGUGAUUCUCAGGGUGAGACAGAGGAGAAUGCGAUUCCUGCUACUUCUGACCCGGACACAUCCAAGACUGUGACGAGUACUCUCACUAUGCAGGAGUAUUUUGCACAGAGAAUGGCUCAGCUGAAGAAGGCUCGGGGACAGGUACAGAAUCGUGCAUCGACAGUGGCAGAGAACGAGGAACCCAGUCCCACCCACAGCAGCAACGAUGAUACAGACGAGCCCAAAAAGAAAAGGAAGAAGAAAAAGGCUGUGGAUAAGGUAGAAGUAAUAAAAGAGAACUGUACUGCUCCCGUUGUAGUGGAGGACAAUGGGAACCAGCCAUUGGAACAUUCAAUGAAGAAGAAGAAGAAAAAGAGGAAAAUGGCAGGAAAUGAAGAUAGGAUGAGUGAGAACUGGAGUUUCACCUCAGGAAUCGAGCAUAACUGUGAGGACCUGCCUUCUUCCAAAAAGAAAAAGCCCAGGAAAGAAACCAAGGUGCUAAAUGGACAUGGGCCAACUGAGGACUCUGAGGUUGUACAGAAAAAGAAGAAGAAACACAGAGAGGUGGCCAGUGUUGUAGAAGAUGACCAAGAGGAGCUGGUAGAGAAGAAGUCCAAAAAGAACAAGAAAAAGAGAUGUCAAAAAUAGUGUGGUUAAGGUUAAAGUUGAGUUCUUCAGGGUGUAGCUGGACUUUCAACCUUUAUGCUAUUAACCUGGAGGCUCACAUGUAUGGAGUAGAUGCCUUUACGAGCUACUCAAACGUCUUAUGGACAACCUCAUUACUUGCACUACCAGUCAAAAGGUUUGGACACAUCUUCCCAAUGAAUUCAUGUGGCAAGUGUGUCAAAAGGUUCAACUGGUAGCGUAUUCAGGAAGAACACUGCUACAGUUAGGAGAAAAGAGAGGUUAGCCAUUUGACCACGUUAAAACCUUGACGAUGACUAGUAAACAACUUUCACUAGUGGAUACGGUGAUACACCUUUGCUCCUGCAGAUGCUAAAAUGGUUUUUUUUUUUUAGAUCAAUACCACUCAACAUGCUGCAUCUGUACAGCAACUCCUAUAAAACCACAGCAUGCCGUCUUACACUUUCGCUUCGGCGAGGAUCAAACAAACAAGAUAGUGUUAACUGCAGAGGUACUACGAGGGUGAUUUGGUACCACGGAUAGAGCCGGGGUGACAGUUUUCCAGUCUUUGUGCUAACCUAAGCUAACAACUAGUUGUAGCUUCACAUUAGCUGUACAGAUGCAUCAAUGUUACCAGUCUUCCUGUACCAACUUUGGGCCUGAACCAAAUUAUCCUAUUCCCCAAAAUAUUUAACUAAAGGAUAAAGCUGGUCACUUUUUAUAUUAAUAGUAUUUUCAACAAUCACCAUUCAGAGACUAAAUUACCUCUACUCACGGUUAGUGUCUGUCAGUCUCCACCCUGGAUCAUUGUCUAUGCAAUAGACCACUGUUGUUUAAAAACAUCAGUGAAACCCACCACUGCACUGGGUGACUCCCCCACCUUAUUGCAAAACACCAGAGCCAAAUAUUUGUUAAAAACAUUGCUCCAAAUGACCAUGACUUUUUACAGCGUCUGAAGUAGCAACUGCACAAGCACGAGAUCUCCGUGCGAACUGUGAAAAGUUAUGGUCGUUUGGAGCUUUUGGGGCAACAGUUUUGACAAAUAUGUGGGUCUGGUGUUAUGUAAUAAAAAAAAGAUGUCACCCAGUGCAUUGGUGUGACUCACUGCUGUGUUUUUAAACAACAGAACUCUAUAGAACAAGCUGUUCCAGGUUUGAGACUGAGACGUGAACAGUGAGUAGAGGCUAUUCAUCGCUGGCUUUAGUCCCUGUAUAGGGAGUGUUAAAGUAUAAAUAUAGAAAAUGACCAACCUUAUUUAUUCUAUUUAAUGUCUUUGACUGUCUCAUAUAUUAAUACAGCCAUCAGAAUGUAAAUUAUUUUAAACAACCUUCUUGGAAAUGAGAUGAUACUUAUGUUUUACUGUAUAAAGUGUCAUUUUUCCCAUACACGUCCCUACUAUACUACCAGUUAGUUUAGAAUACCUGAAUAGUCUCCGAUGUUUUUGUGAACAGAUGUAAUUGAAUGGUGUUUUGCCUGGUCUGUCUCUCUCAUCUGGUACAUUCAUGAGCUGUAAGGGGG